GUUACCGUCUCGGAAACUCUCAAUCAGACGCAAGCAAAAAGGAGAGGAGGCGGCUAAUUAAAUAUUGAGCAGAAAGUCGCGUGGGGGAGCGUGUCACGUGGGUCUCCGGGCUCGUGGAGCCUGGUAUAAAUACCGCGCGGCACCAAGCAGGCAGAAAGCGCGCUGCGACCUUCUCUUCUACCGCGGGAGCGACUGAUAGACAGUGCGGAGCGCUGUGCGUGCGCUCAGACCACCCCGGGGAACCCUGCGGGCCUGCCCGCCGCAUCUCUUCUCCCUACUCCUCCCAGAAAUCCAGCAUGAAAAUCCUCGUGGUCGUGGCCGUCUUUUUUCUUGUCUCCACUCAACUGUUCGCGGAAGAAAUCGAAGCCAACGAUGAUCUGAAUUAUUGGUCCGACUGGUCCGAUAGCGACCAGAUCAAAGAGGAAUUGCCCGAGCCCUUUGACCCUCUUCUGCUGAGAAUCUCCCGGAGCCUCAAGCCUCAUCGGCAUUUCGUCGGAUUAAUGGGCAAACGAGAUGCUGGUUCCUCACCUGAAAAACAAGUGGCCCUGUUAAAGGCUCUUUAUGGACAUGGCCUGAUCUCUCAUAAAAGGCAUAAAACAGAUUCCUUUGUUGGACUAAUGGGCAAAAGAACUUUUAAUUCUGCAGCUUAUGAAAGGAGUGCAAUGCAGAAUUAUGAAAGAAGACGUAAAUAAACUACCUAGUGUGUUAUUUACUGAGCUUCAUUUGUGUCAAUGGCCAACAAAAGGUAAAAAAAAUGAGAAAUGCACUACGAGGAGUAAUUAUUUAUUUAAUAAUAAUCAUUGUUUUGAGAUGAAAACUCAAAAAGUGUCUAUUUUUCAUAUUGUGCCAGUAUGUGUUGUAAAAGUGUGUUCUAAUUCUUAUAUGAUGACUCCCUUAGAACUAGAAAUCAGUGGUAAUUUCUCAACAAAGCACAGUGUUCAAUGAAAUUGUAAAAACCUGUCAAUAAUACAUAGUCUCUGAAGAAGGAAAUCAUUUUUGUUUUUUGGAAGCAGUCAUGUCAGCUCCUGCUGAAGAGAAGGAAGCUCACAGGCAGGCUUGUGCUUCUCCACGCGUUUUUAUGGUGAAAUGUACUGAGAUUUGCUAUCAAACUAUAUUUGUAUCCCUGCAGCAUGUUUUAUGUUUUGUGACUAUAUAGAGAUGUUUUAAAAACUUUCAAUGUGA